CCAAUCUCUUUGCCUUUCAUCUCUCUAUAUAUUUCAUUUUAAGAUCUCACCGUUUGCCUUCCUCCUCAUUUCACCUUCCAUUUUUAUCAUCUUCAACAGAAAAAAGAAAGGAAAAAAAAAAAAACAAAGGAAGGAAAAGGGGAAGGAUUUGAGAGAAAAAAGAGAAGGAUCGAAAAUGGGUUUGGUUCCACCAGAACUAAGCUUGGAUUUUAGGCCAAAUUUCGUACCAAAAACGAUCACUAAUUUUCUCAGGGAGGUUUCACUGAUCGGAAAUGUUUCCGAUAAGGUCUCGAAACUCGAUACAUUUGUGAAAGGGUUGGAAGAAGAAAUGAAAAAGAUCGAUGCUUUUAAACGUGAACUUCCUCUCUGCAUGCUCCUUUUGAAUGAUGCGAUUUUAGUAUUGAAAGAGGAAUCAACGCAAUGCAUGGCAAGAAAUGUUGAACCGGUUUUGGAAGAAUUUAUUCCAUUGAAGAACAAGGAAGAAGAUAAUCACAGUGAAGAAGAUGGUUCCUUAAUCACCACCAAAAAAGAAGAAGAUUGUAACAACGACUGCAAUAAUAAUAUGGACAAGAAAAAUUGGAUGAGUUCAGUUCAGCUUUGGAACAUUGAUGAUGAUUAUUGCUCCUCUGAUCACAAAUUAGAUACUAAGAGAAAUGAUGAAGAUCCAUGCAAAAGCAGGGGAGGAGGAGGGAGAGGGUUUAUGCCAUUUAAGGCAAAUUUGGGUUUUGCAGUGAGGAAAGAAGAGAAACAGGAGAUACCGGUUCAUGGACUAACGCUUUCAACACCCGGAAUCAAUAAUCUGAAGGAGGAAUCCAGUUCUACAGGGUCAAGGAGCAGUUGUAGCAGAGCGGUUCCUUUUUCUGCCACCAAUGCUCGGUCGAGUUUUCAGUCUGCACCCCCGGUGGGGCCGUCGAAUCACCUUCAGCAACAUCAGCAGCAGCAGACUGGUAGGAAGCAAAGGAGGUGCUGGUCGCCUGAGUUGCAUCGCCGGUUCGUGAAUGCUUUGCAGCAGUUAGGAGGCUCCCAAGUGGCCACUCCAAAGCAGAUUAGGGAACUUAUGCAAGUAGAUGGCUUAACCAAUGAUGAAGUUAAGAGUCAUUUGCAGAAAUACCGGCUACACACACGAAGACUUCCAGCUACUACAACAACAACAACCCCUGCAAAUCAAUCAGGCCUUGUUUUGGGUGGUGGUCAUGCAUGGAUGUGUCAAGAUCAGUUUGGAGAAUCCUCGAAAGGGAGCAGUUCGCAGUCGGGUUCCCCUCAAGGUCCUCUCCAGUUAGCCACAAACACCGGAGGGACCUCCACUACAGGGUGUGAGAGCAUGGAAGAUGAUGAAGAUGCAAAAUCCGAGUGCUAUAGUUGGAAAAACCAUGUUCAGAAACCCAGAAAAAACAAUGUAUAGAGUUUACCCACCAUGAAUUUUGCAGAUAAAAAAAAAAGAAAGUAUACAUGGGAGGAAUUCAUUUAUCUUAUACAACCACUGUAUUUAUACAUAUAAAAGGAGAAGGAUCUUGAGAAUUGAGGGAGACAUGUAAAAUUUUUGCAGGAUUUAGCUUUCCUUGGAUAUCGAAUUCAUGUAUUUGUUUUAUUGCACAACUAGUAAAAGAAGUCCUGUUAUCAUCAA